UUUGCGGCGAUUUCAGAGGCCUAUGUAUAUUUCAAAAUUUUCCCGGACUUUCCUAGCAGGCGCGCGGUGCCGAGCCCCAGGAAUACGAAAAACGCUCCGCGGUCCCUGCCAAUGGCACAAGACCAACCAGAUGAGACCAGAUCGUGGUGAAUGCUGAAUGGUGAUACACCAGUUAUCCUUCUUGCUCCCUCAUUAUCCUGUGAAGCAUUACAAUGAGGAUAACAUAAAGUAACCGGCGCAGGUAUUCCUCUGCGAAGAAACGUGUUUUCACAGAAAAUAAAUUUGUAUUAUAUUAGAAUUGUUUAUUAUUUCAUUUUUCUUCUUCAAAUAAUUCAGGAAAAUGUCGAAACGAGGCAGAGGAAAAGUGAAUCACAAAGGUCGCAAUCGACACUUUAUCACCGAGGCUGAGGUUGAAGCAGAACAAGAGAAAGAACGUAAAGACAAGGAAUGGAGGCAAAGACACGGAAAUGAGGUCAUCGAUGAUGAUGAUGCAGAUAAAGAAGAGAGUGAAGAAAGUACAGACUCGGAUGAAAGUGAAUCAGAUGAAGAGAAAGUCCGAAAACCCAAAGGUGUUGAUGGUUUAAUUGAGAUUUCGAAUCCAAAUAGAACUAGAAAACAGACAAAAAAAGUAACAGAACUUGAUACGAGCAGUGAAGCGACUUUGUCACGGCGGGAACGAGAGGAACUUGAAAAGCAACAGGCUCAAGUUCGGUACCAAAAACUUCAUGCUGAAGGAAAAACAGAACAAGCUCAGCGAGAUCUAGCAAGGCUUGCUAUCAUACGAAAACAAAGGGAAGAGGCUGCACGGAAGAAAGAAGAGGCUAAGAAAGCUCAAGAUAAAGCGAAAACCAAGAAAUAAAUAUAUAUCUGCACUAGUGAACAGUGAAAUACUGUAUUUAAUAAACUAUCAAGUCACUUGUGUAAACAGCAUGUAAAAAUAUGAAGGCUUUUUGAAAGUAAUUUUGAAUUGUAAACUGGCUGGAGGAAAAUGGCUAUGAAUAAAACCACCACGAUUGUGUAAACAAAUUAUGUAUUAUUAC